CACCUACCUCGUGGUGCUGACUCUGCGUUCGUACGCAGCGGCGAUACGUUUAGCGUUGACGAUGAAGACGUAUGGCAUCGUCAACUGAGAACACUUCUGGGGGGACAGUCGGCCACGGCCGAUGUCAAAGUCUACGCAACGGAUGCUGCGAGGGUCGAGGACGACGUCCCCGACCAAGUUGGGCAAGUCCUCGGUAUCCAAGCUUCUCCGAAAGAUGCUCUUGACCCUGACAAGACACUCUAUGUUUUCUGGAUGGGGUGCUACAACUGCCUGGAACCGGACGAUAGCGAAGAAGGUGGACUCGAGCACUUGGUUGGCAUGCUCAUUGAUCAUGUCCAGUUCCUGUACUCAGCAAACGCGCGCUGUUUUCUGAUCAUCGACGUUCCUGCUGUCGACCGCGCGCCCGCACACUGGGAGGACGCAGACCGGGUCCGUGGCCAGAUCUCGGACUGGAACGAGCUCCUGCGUGAAAGUGUAUGCGCGUUCGCGGAGGAGGAGGAGUACUCGGACGUUUCGUUGUUCGUCUUCUCCUCGCACAAGAUGCUUUCCGACUUGCUCGACGACGUCGAGGAGUUCGGCUUCGACGAAGAAGACGAGCGGAGGGUCAAUGGGAAGAUCUGGGUCGACAGAGAGGAUGUGACUGUCUCCAAAGAGGUCCAUCGCCUACUGGCGGACAAGAUGCAGCUGGCCAUCACGCUUGCAGAAGAAUGAAUGUCUCCGGAGAAAGAUUACGAUACGUACUGUCUGCGCCGCUGAUAUCCUUAUUCGUGAGCGAAGUACUGUAUGUGAUCGUACAUGUGUAUAUGAUAUGGUCCUUCAUGGCGAAUAUGCAUCGCUGCAUCCCUAGCGUGAUUGAGCCAUCCGAGACCCGAGCACGUCGUUGAUUAUUCCUCUAGCCUUCCUGUCAUUGUCGGUCAACUUGGCGGAGCGUGACGUGGCUGCCAGGCGUUGCAGGGCGGAAGAUGGUCUGCUUGCCGACGUCUCUGGGGGUCUGGCUGGAAUGAGGACACGUCAGCGCGCGGUUGCGACGCGUCGACGCGGCGGAUCGCAUGUGCACAGUGCAGACCCUCCUCCAGAGCUGGCGUUCCUGCCAGAACACGCGUUGGACGCGUCUGUGGCGCUCACCAGAGACAAUUGAUCGGCGCCCGAAU